AUGGGUUUCUCUAGUCAGCCAAUCGUCAUUGAUGGAAGAGGCCAUCUUCUGGGCCGAUUGGCGUCGGUUGUUGCUAAAACAUUGUUGAAUGGCCAACGGGUUGUUGUGGUAAGGUGUGAAGGAAUCAAUAUCUCUGGAAAUUUCUACAGAAAUAAAUUGAAGUUUCUGAAAUAUUUGAAGAAUCGCUGUAAUGUGAAGCCAGCCCGAGGUCCCUUCCAUUUCCGUGCCCCCAGUAAAAUGUUUUGGAGAGCCAUUCGAGGCAUGCUGCCACACAAAACAGUUCGUGGCAAGGAAGCUUUGGAACGACUCAAGGUCUUUGAAGGCAUCCCACCUCCAUAUGAUAAGAAGAAACGCAUGGUUGUGCCUUCAGCACUAAGAGUGCUGCGGCUGAAUCCAACCAGAAAGUUUUGCAGUCUUGAUCGUUUGUCUCACGAAGUCGGCUGGAAAUACCAAAGGGUUGUAGCUACUCUUGAGGCCAAGAGAAAGGUGAAAUCCAAGCAUUACUAUGAGAGCAAGAAGCAUCUUUUGAAACUGCGUGAACAAGCUAAGAAAAACGUUGCCAAGCAGAUUGAACCUUAUCAGAAAAUCAUGGAGCAGUUUGGUUAUUGA